AUGGAAUCGACAACCGGGGUGGGGGGCCAGGGGUCCGGCGCGGGAAUCGCUUCGGCCGGGUACUUGAAGGCCUUGCGGGUCGGACCAGGCUUCGAUGGUGACGUCGCCAACCGGGCCCGGAAACUCCGAUGUCGGGCCUACGACGAGCAGUAG